AAAUGAGUGCGAAUAAUUGUAAAUACAGUAAAUAAAUGUAAAUCGAAGCUAAAAGCACUGAGCGUAUGUGCUGGUGCGUGCGUUAUAAAUAAAACGCUGCGAAUCUAGGUGCGAAAAGAAGACGCCGAGAAAAAUAAAGAAUGUGUCCAACAAACAAGCAAGCGAAAAGAAAGUGUUUUUUAAUUUAUUUCUGUUAAUUUCCACACAAUUUUUGUGCAAUAUUAAUUAUAAAACCGAAGGCGAAAGUGCAUUUUCACAUGUUCCAAGUUGGGUUUUAAGCAAAAGCUAUAUAUUUCCUAAAUGCGUAUUGGAUGUGGUUUUAACUAUUUGACGCCGACGAUUAUUUAACAUUUUGGGAAAGAAAUUUCCUUUCAACACUCAGCCAGCAGGCAAUAAGUGUGUGCUUAAAUGGAUGCAACAUCAAUUAUAACACAAGUUUCCCGCGAUGAUGAACAAUUAAAUGUUUAUCCAGACAAAGACGAUGUGGAACGUUUAAAGCCGCAAAAGCAUGGCUUUCUACAUUCUAUGUUUUGUUGUUGGCGACGUAAUCGAACGAAAACAAAUCAAAAUGGCACACAAAUCGAUGGAUCAACAACACCGCCACCUAUACCGGACCAACACAGGUACCUUCUACCUCAGGUUAGGCACUCCGAUAUGCACAGAAAGUGUAUGGUGAUCGAUUUGGAUGAAACUCUAGUGCACAGUAGUUUUAAGCCUAUACCCAAUGCCGAUUUCAUAGUACCAGUGGAAAUCGAUGGCACCAUACAUCAGGUGUAUGUGCUGAAGCGACCACAUGUAGACGAGUUUCUACAAAAGAUGGGUGAAUUGUACGAGUGCGUUUUGUUUACAGCAUCACUAGCCAAAUAUGCAGAUCCUGUAGCCGAUCUGCUAGACAAAUGGAAUGUGUUUCGUGCAAGACUGUUUAGGGAAUCAUGCGUUUACUACAGGGGUAAUUAUAUUAAGGAUCUAAAUCGUCUGGGACGUGAUUUACAAAAGAUUGUCAUUGUUGAUAACUCACCGGCCAGUUAUAUUUUUCAUCCGGAUAAUGCAGUUCCUGUUAAAUCCUGGUUCGAUGAUGUCACCGAUUGUGAACUACGCGAGCUCAUACCGCUCUUUGAGAAACUGAGCAAAGUUGACUCUGUCUAUUCGGUGCUCUGCAAUUCGAACCAGCCGUUAAACAAUCAGACAAAUCAGCAGCAUCCACAGGAGCUGCAACAAACCCCCCAGCUGCAGCAGCAGCAGCAACAACAACAACAGACCAUCUCUGCCACGACGGUGAUUACACAAGCGACCACAUUGUCCGCGCCGACCAUGCUAAAUGCACAGCAGCCGCAUCAAACGACCAGUCCGCCCAGCCCGCAAAGCGAACUGCUCACCAAAACGUAACAUCAGUGGGAACUAAUGUUUAUAAAUAUAUGAUAAAAGUUUAUACAUAUUAUCUGAGACCAAGCAAGCAAGCGAGCAGCAUGCAGAAAACAAAAACAAACAUAAUAAUGGGGCAACUAAAAACUCCAAGCAACCCACUCACGCCUGCAUUCUGCAACUCAUUAACCCACUACUCCACCCAUGUACUAUCAAAGCUAUCAUAACUAAAGCUUAGUGUAAGUUUUUAAUAUUAUUUUAAACUGUUUACAAAGCACUUUUAUUAUUAUUUAUUUUGUUCUAACUGGUCUAGUUUUGCUUUGUUUUGGUUAAGCUAAAAAAAAAUCUAGCGAGAGAGAGAGAGAGAAGUCACGUUUUUACAUAACUAAUUUUUCUAUGUGUGUGUAUGUAACAAAAUCAGCACAGAGAAAGGCGUUGAAACGUGCCCGAAUACCCUAUCUACAGGGUAUCCCUAAUAAUAAUACCAAUACUAUACAUAAAAUGAUAUGUAUAAAUAAUAAAUAUUGAACUU